GCCACAAAUCAAGACGAAGAAGAAGUUUAGCAACGGCAGCGUCGGCCUCUUCCACUUUUAACCAAGGCCCGGUUUAAAAUGUGGUAACCUAUUAAUUUUAUUUUUUAUUAUUAAGGCAUUAAAAUAAAGAUCUCAGCGAUGGAGAACGACAGUUCAUCUGUGACAGAUCACUCUUCAGAUGAAAGUACCAAAGCCUUCGACAUUGAGUACAUCGUCGAGUCCGAUCUCGGCAAUGACUCAGAGUCGGAGGAUGGCAAAAAGGCCAAGAAAAAGCAACGCAAGAGCCACGCUUGCACCGUUUGCAACAAAAUAUUUGACCGACUUUCCAAGCUCACCAGGCACCUAUCCGUACACACCAGGCCCAGGACCUUAAAGACUCGCUAUCAGUGCGUGCAUUGCGAGAAGACUUUCACAGAAGAAGAGAAGCUCUUACGUCACCAAGAUACCCACAACCGGGCAAGGGAGCACCCGUGCCCUGACUGCGGCAAAGUCUUCAACAAGCCCUCCAGGUUAGAGCGCCAUCGACGCAUCCACGCCAGGAAACCAAAGGUGCCCCACCAGUGCUCCUUCUGCACCAAGACCUUCGAUAAACUCUACCGGCGCAUCCGCCACGAGCGAAUGCACACGGGCGAGAGGCCUUUCACCUGCUCCUUCUGCGGGAAGGGAUUCUCCGAGAUGGGUCACUGCAAAGCCCACGAAAAGAUCCACCAGGACAAUCCGGAGAAACCUCACCGCUGCCCCCACUGCGACAUGUCCUUCUUCAAGGCCUCGGAACUGGGCCGGCACCAGCGCUCGCACACCGGCGAGAAGCCCUUCCAGUGCAACGAGUGCGACAGCACCUUCGCCCGCUCCGAGAGCUUGAAGAGACACAUGAGGAGCCACACGGGAGAGCGGCCCUACGUCUGCUUGACUUGCGCCAAGGGGUUUUACUCUCGUCAGGAUUUAAACAUCCACUUGCUGAUCCACUCGGGGGAGAAGCCUCACCUUUGCCCCGUGUGCGGCAAAGGCUUCUCGCAGCUGGGCAACAUGAAGGAGCACGAGAAGAACGUCCACGUCCGGUCCGAGAAGUACGCCUGCAACGAGUGCGGCGCCACCUUCACCCGUUAUAAAUCUCUGAACCUGCACCAGCGGGUGCACACCGGGGAGAAGCCGUACCUUUGCCUUCCGUGCGGGCGGAGCUUCUCCUGGAGUCACUGCCUGAGCAGACACCGCCGAACUCACGCUCACAAGCAGAUGUUGAUGGAUGCGGCCAAAGAACUUCAAGCUUUCCCGGAGCCCGCCGAGGAACAGUGCACUUGAACACCGGGCCGGUACUCGCCUCGCUAAACCGCUGACUCAUGCUUUUUCGCGAAGAGGCCGGUCCCUGGCGCCAACGUUCGACUGCCAUGUUAGGUCAAGAUGCCAACCGACUUGAGUCGCGCCUUGUUUUGUAAACAGAGACACAGCGGCGUGAAGACAUUACAACGAUGACAUUUUGUAGGAUUGCCUCGCUCUACAAACUGGUGUUUUGAAACUCAGCACUGGACGCUUUCCCUUGCUGAUCAUUUAGUAAAAAAAAACAAUCAGCAAUUGGACCACACCAGACCUUCCAACACGACGGUACCACUACCCACAGUAUAACCCUCAAUCACAAAAAUGUGAUCCUACGUAUCAUUUUGAAAUCCGCCUUAUCCGAGCAGUAACGGGCAAUCGCCUUUUUAUUUUUUUUUAUUUUUUUUUUACACCCUACCAUGCAAAUCAGCAGCUGUGUAGAUUUUACACAGCAAGUCAGACAUUUAUAGUUGUUACGUCAGUGCCGCAAGAUCUGGACAUUCACGUUGGUUGACCAUUUCAUCGCAUUCGGCUUAGAAACUAGCUUGAAGCAGAUCUCACUGGUACGGGCAACUUUUUUAAAACGUAUUCAUGUGUUCCUGAAUAAGAUGGACAGGUAUCUAUGUAAGGAAAAGAAGACGAUUCGCAACAGACGAGCGAGAAGCUAUGCUAAUCCGCUAACACAAAUCAUGGACAUAUGUAACUUUUUGCCAGACUAAAGAAAGACAAAAGGCACACAGAAGAGUGAAAACCGAAAAUACGUUUACAAGAGGAUCUCUAAAGUAUAUAUGUAGUACUGUGUAUUAAAUAUUUGUGAUUUCAGCAAUGUUAUUUAUUUGCUUGGACAGCAGAGUGCCGGGUUUUGCUUUCGACUUUUCCUAAAAUGUUUUCAAUUUUACAUUAUAUUUUUAAUUUCACAUUUUAUCGUUUUAGCUUUGUUGAAAGACCAUGCGUAAGACCUUUUUAGACUUAUGACAAUUCCGUUAGAACAGUUUAACGCUAGCAUUACCACUAAGGUUGAGCCUUUGGUCAUAUUGCCCAGCCUUAAAUUCAUUCCUGGUACUGUUUUUCAUUUUUCUCCGCUUAAAUCAAUCAAGCCGUAUUCCCGCAUUGUCCACUUUGUUGCUACACACCAUUUAUGUCAAUGCAGCAUAUUGAAUAAUUCAAAAAUAAGAUAUGAUCAUCUGUUAACAUUUUAUCACCUGAGACUAUUCGAAGAUAUGAGAUGAAGAAAAGGUCACCCGAGCAAUAUAUAUAUAUAAAAAAAAAAAAGGCUUGGAGGGCUGUCUGCAUUAAGCACAACCUGAGGAGAACCAUAAUAAUGUCAUACAUGAAAUUAAAAACAGCAAAGUACUUUUUUUUUUUACUGUCUGCAACAAGAUGGUGCCACAGCACUACUUUUAUAUUAGACACUGCUUUGUCCUGUCUCGUUUAAGCGUCUCAUUUUAUACCAAGUUGGCAUCAAAGCUUUACUCUGCUACCAGGACUUUGACGCCAUCUUCAGAAAGCACAGACAGCAAACUGACAGGUUUUGCAACACAGUUAAAAAUGUCGGACUGAAUCAAUCAACAAUCUUCUAUUGUACUGUGAAAGUGCCCCAAUAAUUGAUUGCAUAUACUGAAUGUUAAGCCAAAAUAUAAUAAAUUAGUAACAGAUUGUAAAUAUUUUUUUCUACUACUUUGCAUGCUCUGUUGUGGAAAUGAACCAAUAUCUUGCUGCCAUGAUUUCUCGUGAGUUGUGUCAAAAUAAAAACUUUUUUUUCUUCCUGCUA